AUGUCUUCUGAUCCAACACCGCCUCGCCCCUCCUUAACACUAACUUCUGGCGAUAUUGAUGAAUCUGGAGCCAAUGACUCGGACCAUCCAGUCCAAUAUAAAGUUAGAUGGAAGAAGCUACUGGGAAUAAAGACUGGCAGUGAGGAUGGAUCUGAUGCGUUGAAUGAUCCCUAUCCACAACGGGAGAAGUGGUCUCUGGGUAUUCUCAAUGAUAAGGAGACUGAGGAGGUGCCUGGUACGGUGCUUUUACUCGCUUCCAACAGAAACGAACCCCUUGGACUUCGACAGCAGCCUGCAAGAACGUCUGCGUCAUCUUUCCCUUCCCCGUAUCCUCCCUCUCGAUCCUCCUCUCGUACUCCGGUCCCCCAGAAAAAGCGGACAGCCGAUGGCGCGAUUGUGCUGGACCCUCAGCCGGACGAUUCACUUAAUGAUCCGCUUAACUGGCCCGCUUGGCGUCGUGAUCUGUCCCUGACAUCCUUGGGCUUUUAUUCCAUGAUUGGAGGAGGCAUGACGCCCAUUUUGGCCGCUGCAUAUAACGAUGUGUCGGAAUCUUUUGGGAUUACCUCACACGAAGUGGCAUUGACCACUGGCUUAUAUAUGUUGGGCCUUGGCCUGGGCUCAGUGAUUAUGUCCCCAACGGCAAUUCUUUACGGCAAACGUCCCAUUUAUAUUUCGGGCUCUGCUAUGUUUAUUGUUUCAGCAAUUUGGUGUGCCGUUUCUCCCAAUUAUACGAGCUUGCUUCUAGCACGAAUUUUUCAGGGCAUCGCUGUCAGCCCCGUUGAGUGCCUUCCAUCUGCUACAAUUGCGGAAAUUUUCUUUUUGCAUGAGCGUGCAUAUCGUGUUGGGAUUUACACUCUCCUAUUAUUGGGUGGGAAAAAUUUGGUUCCCUUGGUAAGCGCUGCGAUAACACAGAGAUUGGGUUGGCGCUGGGUAUUUUGGAUUGUGGCAAUAACGGUUGGGUUUGGCCUUGUUUUGGUGUUUUUAUUUGUUCCAGAGAGUUUUUGGGAUCGGACUCCGCGUCCCCGCCACAAGCGUCCUGCCUAUCGCCGGAGUCUAUCUGACCUAGUGACUUCCGCGCGUCGAGGACGACCUUCAAAUCCUUUAACCCCUUCCGCGGAAAAGGAUCAAAAUGCACUGACGCCGGAAAGAUUGUCGAAACGUACGCAAGCCCGCGUCGAUUUUGUGGAGGAUAUGCAAGGCAAAAGUGAGGCCAAGGGGGGAGAGGAUCGUCAUGACGAUAGGACAGCCCAUGCUCACAUACAUAAAUCUUCAACUGCCAAUACGAACAGACCAGUUCCAGAGGAAAAGGAUCACGUCGGAGAGGGACCUCAGCUGCAACAGUCUUUACUGGUCGACGAUCACACUAGCGCACCCAAUGAUUCAAGUCUACGAGGCGAAAGUGCGGAUAUUGAAGCAUCUAGUUUCGUAUCAGCUUCUCGGGACCGAUCCGCUGCACCCUCCUCUUCAUCGGUUCCUUCAAUCCACCCCUACACGAGCAAUCUCCAGGCUAGUCCUCCUCAGGGAUAUAUCCAGUCUCUUCGUGUCUGGAAUGGACUCCUCUCCCAAGAUAAGUGGCUGCGUGUCAUGAUCCGUCCAUUCCUCCUUUUCGCCUACCCUGCUGUCUUGUGGUCAUCUAUGGUCUAUGCGCUCUCCGUUGGAUGGCUGAUCGUCCUGUCGGAAGCUGUGGCAGAAAUUUAUCGUGAUAAAGAUAGUUAUAAUUUCUCUGCGCUCGCAACAGGCCUCGUAUACAUUUCCCCCUUUGUCGGUGGCAUCUUUGGGACAGCAGUUGCGGGCAAAGUUUCGGAUAUUAUCGUCCGGUUCAUGACACGCCGAAACGGUGGGGUGUAUGAGCCUGAGUUUCGCCUUGUAAUGGCUGUGCCAAUUACAAUUACGACAGCUAUGGGCCUCAUGGGCUUUGGAUGGAGUGCUCAAGAAAAAGACCGGUGGAUCAUCCCCACCGUCUUCUUCGGUAUACUUUCCUUUGGAUGCUCUGUCGGAAGUACCACUGCCAUCACCUUUUGUGUCGACAGCUACCGUCAAUACGCUGGCGAGGCUCUGGUUACGCUGAAUUUUUGCAAAAACGUAUUGCACGGUUUCGUGUUUUCGUUGUUCUUCGUUCAAUGGCUGAAAGCUGAUGGAGCGCGCGAUGUUUUCGUCGCGUUGGGUGGUAUUCAUAUCGCCUGCAUGCUCACCUCGAUUCCGAUGUAUAUAUUCGGAAAAAGAGCUCGCAUGUGGACGGUCCGCAAACGAUUGAUAGAGAAGUUUUAA